AUUUUAAUUUUUAGGAGUCCUUUGACCUUGACAGGAGCCUGAAGACUGUUCCCAUCCCAAGACUCCAGAGUAAAGCCUGGAAGGAGAGAUGAGUUUCGCCUUCUGUGGGAACAACAUUUCCUCCUACAAUAUCUACGAUGGCGUGUUGCAGAACCCCUGCUUUGUCGACGCCCUCAAUCUGGUCCCUCAUGUCUUCCUGCUCUUCAUCACCUUUCCCAUCCUGUUCAUUGGAUGGGGGAGCCAGAGCUCUAAGGUGCAAAUCCAUCACAACACUUGGCUGCACUUCCCGGGCCACAACCUGCGCUGGAUUCUCACCUUCGCCCUGCUCUUCGUGCACGUGUGCGAAAUAGCUGAGGGCGUCGUGUCCGACUCUCGGCGGGAAUCCAGGCAUCUCCACCUUUUCAUGCCAGCGGUGAUGGGAUUUGUUGCCACGACCACAUCAAUAGUAUAUUACCAUAACAUCGAAACAUCCAACUUCCCUAAACUCCUUUUAGCCUUGUUUCUGUAUUGGGUAAUGGCCUUUAUUACCAAAACAAUAAAACUGGUGAAGUACUGGCAGUCGGGCUGGGGCGUGUCGGAUCUACGCUUCUGUAUCACAGGCAUCAUGGUGAUUUUGAACGGGCUUCUGAUGGCGGUGGAGAUUAACGUGAUUCGGGUCAGAAAAUACGUCUUCUUUAUGAAUCCUCAGAAAGUGAAGCCUCCCGAAGACCUUCAGGACCUGGGGGUGAGGUUCCUUCAGCCCUUCGUGAAUUUGCUCUCCAAAGCUACCUACUGGUGGAUGAACACCCUAAUCAUCUCCGCCCACAAGAAGCCCAUUGACCUGAAAACCAUAGGCAAACUCCCCAUCGCCAUGAGGGCCGUGACCAAUUACGUUUGCCUGAAGGACGCUUAUGAGGAGCAGAAGAAGAAAGUAGCAGAUCAUCCAAAUCGGACCCCAUCUAUCUGGCUGGCCAUGUAUAGAGCUUUCGGCCGGCCUAUUCUUCUCAGUAGCACAUUCCGCUACCUGGCUGACCUGCUGGGCUUUGCAGGGCCUCUCUGUAUUUCUGGAAUAGUCCAGAGGGUGAAUGACACACAGAACGGGACAGUGCAUACCGGCGGUAUAUCAAAAACGCUCUCCUCAAAGGAAUUUCUUGAGAACGCUUACGUCUUAGCGGUUCUACUCUUCCUAGCCUUAAUUCUGCAAAGGACAUUCUUGCAGGCGUCCUACUAUGUGACCAUCCAAACCGGCAUCAACCUCCGAGGAGCCCUGCUGGCCAUGAUCUACAAUAAAAUCCUGAGGCUCUCGACCUCGAACUUGUCAAUGGGCGAGAUGACUUUGGGGCAGGUGAACAACCUGGUGGCCAUUGAAACCAACCAACUCAUGUGGUUCCUCUUUCUGUGUCCUAAUUUGUGGGCAAUGCCUGUCCAGAUCAUUAUGGGAGUGAUUCUGCUCUACAACUUGCUUGGAUCCAGUGCUCUGGUUGGGGCCGCUGUCAUCGUCCUUCUUGCUCCCAUCCAGUACUUCAUCGCCACAAAGCUGGCAGAGGCUCAGAAGAGCACUCUGGAUUAUUCCACGGAGAGACUGAAGAAGACCAAUGAGAUCCUCAAGGGCAUCAAGCUGCUCAAGUUGUACGCUUGGGAGCACAUUUUCUGCAAGAGCGUGGAAGAGACAAGAAUGAAGGAACUCUCCAGCCUGAAAACCUUCGCCCUGUACACGUCUCUAUCCAUCUUCAUGAAUGCCGCCAUUCCGAUUGCAGCCGUCCUUGCUACGUUCGUGACACACGCGUACGCCAGUGGGAAUAACCUGAAGCCGGCCGAGGCCUUCGCUUCGCUGUCGCUUUUCCAUAUACUUGUCACACCGCUCUUCUUGCUUUCCACCGUGGUUAGGUUUGCCGUGAAAGCCAUCAUCAGUGUGCAGAAGCUCAAUGAGUUCCUGUUGAGCGACGAGAUCAGCAGCCACAGCUGGAGAGCUGGAGAAGGCUCGCUGCCCUUUGAGUCGUGCAAGAAACACACCGGAGUGCAAUCCAAAACCAUAAACAGGAAGCAGCCGGGGAGGUAUCACCUGGAUGGCUGCGAAUCCACACGACGCCUGCGGCCUGCAGAAACAGAAGAUAUUGCCAUCAAGGUCACCAAUGGGUUUUUCUCCUGGGGCAGUAGUGUCCCUACGUUAUCCAACAUAGAUAUUCGAAUUCCAACGGGUCAGCUCACCAUGAUCGUGGGCCAGGUAGGGUGUGGCAAGUCCUCUCUUCUUCUAGCCAUUCUUGGGGAGAUGCAGACUUUGGAUGGUAAAGUUCAGUGGAACAACAGAAACAGGUAUUCGGUGGCUUAUGCCGCUCAAAAGCCUUGGUUAUUAAAUGCCACCGUGGAAGAAAAUAUUACAUUUGGAAGUCCUUUCAACAGACAGAGGUACAAAGCUGUCACAGAUGCCUGCUCCCUUCAGCCAGAUAUUGAUUUAUUACCAUUCGGGGAUCAAACUGAAAUUGGAGAGAGGGGUAUCAACCUGAGCGGGGGCCAAAGGCAGAGGAUUUGUGUAGCCAGAGCGCUCUAUCAGAACACCAACAUUGUUUUCUUGGAUGACCCAUUCUCGGCCCUGGAUAUCCACCUGAGCGAUCACCUGAUGCAGGAAGGGAUCCUGAAGUUUCUCCAGGAUGACAAAAGGACGCUGGUUCUGGUGACACACAAGCUGCAGUACCUGACACACGCUGAUUGGAUCAUCGCCAUGAAAGAUGGAAGCGUGCUGAGGGAGGGGACGCUGAAAGACAUCCAGACCAAAGACGUGGAGCUGUACGAACACUGGAAGACGCUGAUGAACCGGCAGGAUCAAGAGCUGGAAAAGGACAUGGAAGCGGACCAGACCACCCUAGAGAGAAAAACGCUGCGAAGAGCCAUGUAUUCAAGAGAGGGCAAAGCUCAGAUGGAGGAUGAAGAUGAAGAGGAAGAAGAGGAGGAAGAUGACGAUGAUAACAUGUCCACCGUGAUGCGGUGUAGGACCAAGAUGCCCUGGAAGACAUGCUGGUGGUACUUGACUUCCGGAGGCUUCUUCCUGCUCUUUCUGAUGAUCUUCUCCAAGCUGCUGAAGCACUCUGUGAUUGUGGCCAUUGACUACUGGUUGGCCACCUGGACCUCCACCUAUAGCAUUGCCAGCGCCGGCAAGGCUGACCAGACCUACUACGUGGCUGGAUUCAGCAUCCUCUGCGGAGCUGGCAUUGUGCUGUGCCUUGUCACUUCCCUCACCGUGGAGUGGAUGGGGCUGACGGCAGCCAAGAACCUGCACCACAAUCUUCUCAAUAAGAUUAUCCUGGGACCUAUAAGGUUCUUUGAUACAACACCCCUGGGACUGAUUCUCAAUCGAUUUUCAGCGGAUACUAAUAUCAUCGAUCAGCACAUUCCACCCACCCUGGAGUCCCUGACACGCUCCACCCUGCUCUGCCUGUCGGCCAUUGGCAUGAUUUCCUACGCCACCCCCGUGUUCCUGGUGGCCCUCCUGCCCCUGGGGGUGGCCUUCUACUUCAUCCAGAAGUACUUCCGGGUGGCCUCCAAGGACCUCCAGGAGCUGGAUGACAGCACCCAGCUCCCUCUGCUUUGCCACUUCUCAGAAACGGCGGAAGGACUCACCACCAUUAGGGCCUUUAGGCAUGAAGCAAGGUUUAAGCAGCGCAUGCUGGAGCUGACUGACACCAACAACAUCGCCUACUUGUUCCUGUCGGCGGCUAACAGGUGGCUGGAAGUCAGGACGGACUACCUGGGUGCCUGCAUCGUCCUGACCGCCUCCAUCGCCUCCAUCAGCCGGCCCUUCAACUCCGGCCUGGUGGGCCUGGGCCUUCUCUAUGCCCUCACGAUCACCAACUACCUGAACUGGGUGGUGCGGAACCUGGCGGACCUAGAGGUGCAGAUGGGCGCCGUGAAGAAGGUGAACAGCUUCCUGUCCAUGGAGUCAGAGAAUUACGAAGGCACCAUGGAUCCUUCCCAAGUCCCAGAGCACUGGCCGCAGGAAGGGGAGAUCAAGAUUCACGAUCUGUGCGUCAGAUAUGAGAAUAAUCUCAAGCCCGUUCUUAAACACGUCAAAGCUUACAUCAAACCUGGGCAAAAGGUGGGAAUCUGCGGUCGAACCGGCAGUGGGAAAUCAUCCUUAUCUCUGGCUUUCUUCAGAAUGGUUGAUAUAUUUGAUGGGAAGAUCGUGAUCGAUGGGAUCGACAUUUCCAAACUCCCUUUGCACACCCUGCGCUCCCGACUCUCCAUCAUUCUUCAGGACCCCAUAUUGUUCAGUGGCUCCAUCCGAUUUAAUUUAGAUCCAGAGUGCAAAUGUACAGAUGACAGGCUGUGGGAAGCACUGGAAAUCGCCCAGCUGAAGAACAUGGUCAAAUCUCUGCCUGGAGGUUUAGAUGCGGUGGUCACAGAAGGCGGAGAGAACUUCAGCGUUGGGCAGCGGCAGCUGUUUUGCCUGGCCAGGGCCUUCGUCCGCAAGAGUAGCAUCCUUAUCAUGGAUGAAGCCACGGCCUCCAUCGACAUGGCCACGGAAAACAUUUUGCAGAAAGUGGUCAUGACAGCUUUUGCAGAUCGCACAGUUGUAACCAUUGCUCAUCGUGUCUCUUAUGUGGACGCGGGCCUGGUGUUAGUCUUUUCUGAGGGUAUUUUAGUGGAGUGCGAUUCAGGCCCCAAUCUGCUCACGCAUAAGAACGGACUCUUUUCUACUUUGGUGAUGACCAACAAAUAGACGGUCCUGAUCUCCUGGGCCUCCCCAUGUUCUGCAUCGUGUUCAUCACCAUUCUCACAGCCGACCUGGUUAUUGUGAUGAAGCGAGGAAAUAUUUUAGAAUAUGACACCCCCGGAAGGCCUUCUGGCCAGAGAAGAUAGCGUCUUUACUUCCUUUGUCCGUGCAGAUAUGUAAAGGGGGGGCUUAAGAGAAAGAUAUAUAUAUUUCAGAGAAAACAGCCAUCCCCUAAUGAAUGGCUCAUUAGCUUGACCUUCGUAGAGAGGUAUCAAACUUCUACACAGUUGUGUACAAGAAGUUGUAUGUGGUGUGUGUGUGUGUGUGUUGUGUGUGUGUGUGUGUGUGUGUGUGUGC